CGCGAGCGUGCAUACGAGAAGGACGCCAGAGGCUUUGGUGCGAAUGUGUGAGCAUCGGAGUGUCGAGGGUGAGGGAGCGAGAAAGAAGACAAGCAAAGAUGGUCGUCGCGGUGUAGUAGCGGGGAGGUUUCGGGUUCUGGUGGUUCACGGGGGCUGGUGCGAGGGACUCGACCGAGGGAGGGAGACAUACAGACAGACAGACAGACGAAGUCUCUACGGGGGCACGUAGAGUUUACGGAGAUUCCUCUUUAGCAGAAGAGACGCACACAAGCGUAAGGGGACGCAUACCAGUGCGCUAAGGCCACUAACACUGUUACUGGGUACAGACGCACUGACACAUACGACGCUCAGCGUCGCGCUCUACCAUUUGGAGAGGGAGGCUCCGCGUGAGAGGGAUAGAAUGAUAGAGAAGAGAGAUGUGAGUGGAGAAAGGAAGAGAGUAUAGAGUCGGUGCUUCAGUGAGAGAAGGAGGCGGCGAGGGUAAAAAGGAUAGGACGAGAGUGCGAGAAAGAGAUGGAGUGGCGCACUUGAGGGCUCGCCUCGUGUUUACGUGCACACACGUUCGCGCGCAGGUAGCUACAUGGACAGUCUGACUUUCGUCGUGGUUCGGUGGAGGCGACACACGCGCUAUAUAUGCUAUAUACGACAUACACAGAGAACCCGACGCCGCGACGGCGUAUCAGGGGCUCCGCUGCGUUAGCAUUGUGUACCGUGCGUCAGGCUGGACGGUUCACUUCGCUUUACUUCACUUUUCGCUGCGAGAAAUAUGCGUAGCUUCGCGAGUGGUGCUUCAGUGUGCCGUGCGUGCUCGAUCGAUACGCCAUUACGGCGCGGCGUGCCAAGUAAAUCGGCCUGACGAUGCCCGCGAAGACGGCGAUAUCUGUCAAGUGAGGUGUAAUCUGCUCUGCCGUUGCUGUUGCUGCUGUUGCUAGAUACUAAGGAAGACACAACCAUGUAUAACCGCAGUCACUGCGCGGGUUAGACCAUCGGACAGCCUCUCUUCGAAACUGAUUCCAAAGGGACAGACAUGUGUCCUUACGCUGAUAAUCGCCACUGUUCGCACUACACGCCAGGUUCGAGGCCCAGCGGCGCCCAGGCCACCGACCCGUAUCCCUAACCGAACCUCCUCUCCUACGCCUUCUGCGAGACAUAGAGACCUUGCCGACGUAAUCGUGGAGAUCGCGACGCGCGACACCACGACGCCGACGUCCAGUUUCACGUUGUUCUCUCGAGUCUGACUUCCUGGCUAUCUCACGUUGGUUAACGUUCUAUCUCGUUCUCGCGUUAUUAUCCUCUUCUGCGGGACGGGGACACUAUUGCUACAGUGUGUGCGAGGGUAGUGUGGUGUGUGCGCGCGCGCGCGUGUGUGUAUGUACAUGUAUAUAUAUAUAUGCGUGCGCGCAUUAUCUUACGCGGACACGAUGUUACGGUGGAUCAUGGAUCGUGGCUAGAACAAGAGCACGUCGACCAGGAAGAUGGGAAUACGCGCGACGCUCUGGAUCCGAGAUAUAUCUCUGCUCUCAGCAUGUGUCUAGCCCGUGCAGAGAGUCGGCUCCACGCUCACGUUCUGUGGAUUCUUCCUUUUCAUAAGAUGGAUCAGUUGUAUCUUGGCUUAAAUGGCCUAGCAACCUUUGGUGAUUAUCAAUGUGAUUCUGCAUACCAGUGCAUUAAGCCCAGUGUGUGUCAGUGUCCAUAAGAUACUCCAGUGAUAUUCAGUGAACUCACGUACAAUAUAAGUGUACCUUAUAGUAGGAUCAUAAUAGGACUGACUUGUCUAACUAAUCAUAGAGCUAAAUAAUGGAGACACUAUUGCUUGGUAAUACAAGCAGUCAGUCGUACAGUCCCCAACUGAAAACUGUCCUGAAGACGUAUCAGUUAUCAGCAGUGAAGAGCCUGCAGGGACCGAGCUCGGCCCUUCUGGGCAUGGACUGUAAAGGACUGCUUCAGGAACAGGCACCAUUUCGAUUCUCUCCCUUAAACCGUCCUGCUAAUUGUGGGAUUGAUUCUGGUCUGGAUCAUUUAUCGAUACCAUCCAAGGAUAUUGAAAAGUGUGAAGAACCAUCUAGGAUUACUGUGCCACCUUGCAGGGAUCGCAGGGUUGAUCAUGCUUUGGAUGACUCUGAUGAAGAUCCACAACCUGAACGACUGAAGGCCACUAGUGACAAGCGAGAGUUAGAGUUUCAAAUACCCAUUCUAACUGCACCGGAUCAGAGUUGCUCUGAAAGAUGCGAAGCUACUCUCGAAGGAGAGAGGAUAUCUUGCUUUGUUGUUGGUGGAGAGCGUAGGCUGUGUCUCCCUCAAAUACUCAACACAGUUUUACAGGACUUUUCUCUACAGCAGAUUAAUCAAGUAUGCGAUGAGCUGCAGAUAUACUGCUCAAGAUGUACCAGAGAUCAGCUCGAAGAGCUGAAACUAUCUGGAAUCCUUCCUCGGAAUGCACCUUCUUGUGGACUUAUCACACAGACUGAUGCAGAACGACUUGUAAGUGCACUCUUACUUAGGACAGAGCCCUGUGAACCAGCACCUGUCAGAGAUCAGGAACGAAUAGAUGAUCAAAAGUCUUGUGCCAAGAAAGAGGAAGCAGAAGAAUCCGUGGCACGUUUUAAGGUGUACCAUGAGUGCUUUGGUAAGUGCAAGGGCAUUUUCGACGCAGACCUCUUCAGUUCAGAGGAUUCAGCCUGCAUCGAGUGCCUCGAGUGUGGAUAUCAGUUUUCACCACAGCGAUUUGUUCGUCAUGCUCAUCGCCCUUUGGAAAAUCGAACCUGCCACUGGGGAUUCGAUUCUGCCAAUUGGCGGUCGUACCUUCUAUUGUCCAGGGAUCAGAAGCAUCACAACAAGGUCGACGCCCUUUUUCGAGAUUUAAAAGAACGGCACCUCGUGACAAAUCCUAAGAGGAAACCAGAGCUGCGACAUGAGCCGGAAAAGAUAAUAAAACGUGCGAAGAAGGAAAUAGACAGGGACGACUGCUCUGGCGUUUACAAUGGAAACGGAUUGGGAAUGUAUCAUCCAGUAUCAGCAGCAGCAGCAGCCAGUGCCACCGACCCAUACUUACAAAUGCAAUGGGCAGUCUUUGAAUUGGCAGCAAGAGGCGCAUCAGCAUUCAGACCCUGGAGUGCGGCAGGAACUUGCAAACACAGGGACAGCUCGCCGCUGAUGCCUGCAUAUCUCAGUCGAGGACCGCCAGUGCUCCAGCAUCCGGAACGUGUUGUGCCUCUCUCCGAAUGCGAGCGUUUCGAGCCGCAUUUUCAGCCGAACGUCGCCCUGGCGCCGAUACCUCCGCCGACGAUGCCGCCAAUAGCGCCACCGUUGGUGCACCAGCAUAGUAGACGGCAUCAUCACGAGCGUCGUCGUCACGGUCAUCGUCCACCGAGUCCAGACGAGAAGCUCGAGUCGCUUCCCGUUACAAUAAAGCUUGAGAAACCAUCGUCUCCGGCACCUGGUGGCACUUCCGGUUCCUACGGCGAGGAAGAGGACUCCCUGGUGGCAGGACAGGAAACGAAAGAGGACGAAGAACCCGAGGAAGAGGAGAGUAGCGCGGCUGUGACAUCCUCUACGGUAACGGUGGAACCUGCAGCGCCAGAAGUGGGUACGUCUUCGCCGGAAAGUGAUUCUGAUUCGGAAGGGACUGCUGCGAUAGACUUAGAGGAACGGCUGAUGGCCCUUGACGUGCCCCAGGACGUCCUGGCAUUGGCAAGACAAGUAGCUACGGAAAACGCUCGUCUACGUCGUCAUCGGCGUUCUGACGCCCGUGAGAUCUCCAGGUUACGAAGUCAGUUGCAAAUGCAACAGAUUCAGGAAUCCGAGGAGGCCGAGGAAGCCGGUGUCCAUAGCUUUAACCUCGAAAAGGAUGGAGCUGGAGUCGGCGGCGUGGGACUUGGACUGGGGACCAGGGUACCUCUUCCUCCAGGACGUAUCACAGGAAGUGCCAGUAUCGAGACUCUAGUUAGGGUUGGGAUCGAGAAGGAAAAUGGUCUUUCACCAGACAGCAAGAUGGUUAUCGUUCAUGACUUUACGCCGUGCGUCGAUGACGAGCUUCUGGUGAAGAGGGGUCAGGUCGUAAAUGUCUUGUACAGAGAAAAUGACUGGGUUUACGUGAUAGCAGCCGAUACUAGAAUGGAGGGAUUUGUGCCGCAUUCUUACUGUGCGCCAUACACGUCGCAGCUGGCGGAAUCGACCCUCGCGACGCUUAUGAAUAAUGUCAAAAAGAAGCUGCCACGUUCGAACGACAAUGACGCCGAUCUGUCCAGUUCGUCACGUUCCCAAAAUUUGGAUGCCCAACAAACGGAUACCGGUUCCGCAUCCGAUUGCGAAAGUUAUUCAAGGAACAUUACCACUGCCGACGUUAAUGUCAAUCGUUCUAACGUCGCGCAGUCACAAACUUCUGUGCAGAGUACGCCAUUGCAGCCGGAUGUUCAUCCAUUCUUCAAGGAUCCAUCUGCAGGAAGGUACAUUGUACUGUACACGUUUGUGGCAAGGGACGAAAACGACGUGAGCGUGGAGAGAGGAGAAUUUGUGACUGUACUCAAUAGGGACGAUCCUGAUUGGUUUUGGGUGCUACGUCACUGUGAUGGUAACGAAGGAUUUGUACCUUCUGGUUUCGUUUAUCCGGGACAUGUUUUGCAUUCGUAUACGACGACGGCGACGACUACUACGACGACCACGACGACCGCCACUGAUCCUCAUGGACUAGGCACUACGAAUGGAAAUUUAACGGGAGGCGAGCAACUGCAACAAAAGGACUUGCGUGACUUUCGCGACGAGACUAGUGGCACUGAAUUAGUUGUGCUUUACGAUUACAAGGCGCAGGCGCCAGAUGAUUUAUCCGUGAGACGGGCAGAUUGGAUUUACGCAGAUUUAGGCAAUCAAACGGUCGACGGCUGGCUCUGGGCUUACGCACCGAAGACACGAAAAUAUGGCUUUAUUCCUAAGGCUUAUGCCCGACCGCCAGCCAUGACCAGCUUAUGAGAAGACAUUAAUGAUAUUAUGAUAUUUUGACUUUUUAAAUCUUUUAUACCUAUUUUAUAUAAAUACAUUAUGUUUAUACGUGA